AUGGCUACAGACCUAAACAGGACACGGACAGCUCCCGAAAAUCGGUCCAGACGGCUCUCGCGUGCCUCUUUAAGGCGAGCACGAUCAACUCCCGAAGAUGAUUCUCACCAGUUGUUUUCGCCUCAAUUCAUGGAUGACCAUGGCGCCCACCAUUACCAUGUCGCUGCGACACCUGAUGAAGAUUGUUUCGGUCUGCGCGAUGGCGAUGAGGGCCCAAUAAUCGAGGAGGAUGCCAUAUCCGAUAGUAGCAGCGCUGGGGAGUCUCAGGAGGAAGUCAGGUUUGGUGUGGUCAAUAGUCGUGACGUCGAAGCAGGAGCCCAUCUGCCAGAAUUGAAAUCUGAGAAAUCUACUCGAUCAUUAAAGGAUCCCCACCUGGUCACUUGGGAGGGUUCCGAUGACCCAGAAAAUCCCAAGAAUUGGACAUACAGGAAGAAAUGGGCGGCAACUCUCAUUGUAUCAUCUUUUACAUUCAUUUCCCCCGUGUCAUCGUCUAUGGUCGCGCCGGCUCUUGAUAAAAUUGGCCAAGAUCUCGGCAUUACCCAGGAUAUCGAGAAAUCAUUAACCCUUUCUAUCUUCGUCCUUGCGUACGCCAUCGGACCAUUGUUUUUGGGCCCUUUGUCUGAGAUGUACGGCCGAGUUAUUAUUUUGCAACUGUCGAAUCUGUUCUACCUCGCUUGGAAUCUUGGAUGCGGUUUUGCUCAAACCCAAGGCCAACUCAUCGCAUUUCGGUUUCUGAGUGGGCUAGGCGGCAGUGCACCUUUGGCGUUGGGUGGAGGAGUACUGAGCGAUUGCUGGCGUGCAGAAGAACGAGGCAAGUCUAUCAGUAUCUACUCUCUCGCGCCCCUUCUAGGUCCUGCAGUUGGUCCUAUCGCUGGGGGGUUUAUUGCUCUAAAGGCAGGUUCAACCACAACCUGGAGAUGGUGCUUUUGGGCGACUUCGAUCAUGGACGCUGGAAUUCAAGUCCUUGGCUUUAUAUAUCUACGAGAAACCUACGCGCCAAAGCUGUUGAAUGACAAAGCGAAGAGACUCCGGAAAGAGACAGGCAAUCCAAAUUACCAUACCGAGUGGGAUCAUCCAGAUAGAACACUAGGGAAGGUCCUUCGCACGAGUCUCGUCCGCCCAUUUCGCCUUCUGGGCACCCAACCUAUUAUUCAGGCUCUAGCUAUGUAUAUGGCGUACCUCUACGGUCUUAUGUACCUGGUCCUUUCCACUUUUCCCGAGGUCUGGCAGGGAAUCUACCACGAGUCGGUCGGCAUUGGCGGCCUAAAUUACAUCUCUCUAGGGGUGGGGUUCUUUCUGGGCACACAGAUCUGCGCUCCGAUCAACGACCGUAUUUAUCGCAGACUGAAGUCACGAAACAACGACGUUGGAAGACCCGAAUUUCGUGUACCGCUUAUGCUUCCGGGAGCCGUCCUCGUGCCGAUCGGUCUUUUUAUCUACGGCUGGGGCGCAAGAGCGAGUGUGCACUGGAUUGUUCCUAAUAUUGGAGCUGCUAUCUUUGCUGCAGGCACGAUUAUGGGCUUCCAAUGCACGCAGACUUACAUUGUGGACGCGUACUCACGUUUUGCAGCCUCGGCUGUCGCUUCUGCUGUGGUGCUGAGAAGUCUGGCAGGGUUUGGAUUUCCACUCUUUGCCCCAUAUAUGUACCAGGCUCUUGGACUAGAUUGGGGAAACUCGUUGCUUGCGUUCAUUGCCAUCGGCCUUGGCCUUCCGGCACCAGUCCUGCUUUGGAAGUAUGGCGAGGCCCUGCGGGAGAAGAGUACCUAUGCUGCAGGAUAA